CUAUCCUCCAACGGCACUCGGUGAAGACGGGACAGCUCCUGGUACAGAGCGUCGCGACGUGCCUGUUCCUCUGCAUGGACAGCUGCGGGCUGCUGUACGGAUCGAGGAACUCCACCGGGGACUGCGUCUUCAACGAGACAUUCGUGCAUUCGUAUAUCACAUACUCGUCCAGCAAGUAUUCCAACGACAGGCGGACUCUGUACAUCGCCCUGAGUAAGCGAGGUCAGUCCCGGAAGGUACAGGUGCCGAAGAAGGCUCCUCUGGGAAAGCUCUUCAGCUACGCGAUGGUCGUGAUUAAACACGUGGAAGAUGACCGCGUGAAGAAUCUCGCGGAGAGGAUCCUCCGCGUGCGGGAGUCGCUACAGAGCGGCUCCAGGUCGCUCAGGGGAGACCUCUCGAUGGCACAGCAUCCGCUGAGGCACCACGGCUACCACCACCUUUGUCCUCAGGUGCAAGCCAGCAGUCUGCAGAUGAACAACGAGCAGGAAGACGGUACUGACGACGCGGGCAGAGACAAGUUACGAUGCAGGAGACGAAAAAAGAGGAAGAAGAAGAAGAAGAAGAAGUGCCAGCAGGGCGAGGGAGAGGAGGAGUGCCAAAAGAGGUUAGAAGCUGCGAAGAGGAGGCGGAAGUCUAGAAACGGCGAUAAAAAGCUCAGAGACGAUAAUAAGAAAAAUAAGAAAAUACAGAAAGACGGAAGGAAUAAAAAUAAAUUCGUUAGUGACGGUGAAGUAGCAAAAGACUUUAGCAGUGAUAGAACACGAACUGAUGGGGUGGGCGAGUAUACCAUGACAACGCAGUCCGAAUCGCCUGCAGCGACAAAGACGAUGAACUCUACCGCGUCGACCACAUCGCCAUAUUCGACGCCCUUGUCCUCGACUGCGUUGGCAGCUUCAUCGGUGGCACUGUCUUCGUCGUCGUCGUCGUCGUCGGCUUCAGCAGUCGCCGCUGCUCGGUUAUCGUCGCUUACAACAGAGGACAGCGUUCACCUGUCUUCCUCAAGCACUUCGACGACAUCAGACACAGGAAAAUGACUGUUCCUCGCCCAAACUUCAUACUUAAGUCACUAUUUAUGACGUGGAAGGGACGUUAUUUUUUUUUUUAUAUAUUUUGCGAAGUCGCACUUACUUAAUUUUUGUUUGUACAUAGUGUACAUAAGGGACAGUGUUUGGCUAGCGAGACAUCACAACUAUUUAUUGAAACUUAUUUAUUGUUCGUUCAUGGAAUCAAAAUCGUCUCUCUUUGACACUGCCAUAAGAGUUGUGGCAACAUUAUUAGUAUUGUGAUGUGCUGCCUGCCUGAAGAACGAGCCGAACUGCUUUUUCUCACGGUUAUAACAGUAUUUGAACACAAAGUUACCUUGACUUUCUCACAGUCUGUAUAAUUCACCCAGACUCUGAAGAAAUGUCAAUAGUUUCACCAUCUAGACACACUUUCCAUAACAAAUGGAAAAUCAGAACAAUUUUAGACUGUAAGCAAUCUGAAGACUGAUAUGGCUGUUAUAUGAGACUUAGUCAGUGGUUUAAAUAUUUCGGCCGUAUAGCUGUCACGUAGACAGGCAGAUAGACCAUAGACAACGCUGCCAGACAGUAUCGAUUACUCAUGAAUCGUUUCGCGAUCGACCAAAUAUAGACAUUCGUGUUGUUGUAAUCCGAUUCUUAAGACGUGGCAGAAAUUGAAAGGACAAAGCUGUGGUCUAUCUGCCACGUAUCACAGUGUCACACGUAACGCCACGUAGUGGGAGAAGCGCUCGGGAAUGUGUCAGAUUAAAUGUCGCGAAACCUAUUAGAUGUAGUGAAAAGAACGUGAAAUUAUUGUUGCAUUUAGAUUAAAGUAGGUUAUUUUUUUUUUUUCCAAAUAAUUAAUUAUAGGAAGUAAUAAAAUGACUCACGUAGUAAAGAACAAUAACAGAAAGCGUGUUAUUAAACGACUACAUCCCA